ACAAGAUUUGCCACAAACUUCAUCACAUUGCAGUCCAUGCUUCGUUGUAAGAUGGCCUUGAGACGUAUGAUUGUUGGUGAGGAGUGGUCUUCCUCAUCCUAUGCUGCCACCCCAGCAGGGAAAGAUAUGGCAGACUGCAUUUUUGAUGAGCGAGGCUUUUGGAGCCCUUGUGAUGAGAUAGUGAAGUUUGUUAAGCCCUUGGUGGUUUUGUUGCGAGUUGCGGAUGGAGAAAAGCCCGCAAUGGGCUACAUAUAUGAGGGCAUGGAUAGGGCGAAAGAGGGCAUCAAAUCUAUCUAUGCAGGAGAUGAGAGCAAGUAUGGUCCCAUUUGGCAGAUCAUUGAUAAGAGAUGGCAUCAUCAGCUUCAUAGGCCCAUCCAUGCAGCAGCCUAUUAUUUGAAUCCGGCAUUCCAUUUUAGCCCUACUUUCAGGGCUGAUGCGGAGGUCCUUGAUGGGCUAUACUCAGUCAUGGAGAAGAUGGCACCUGUUGGUUGUACUCAGACAGAUCUUAUGCGAGAGCUACAAUUGUUCUCAAAUGCACAAGGGGAGACCUUUUCUCGUCCUAUCGCCAAAGAAAGUAGGACAACUAUGAUGCCAGAUAAUUGGUGGAGCUUUUUUGGCCCAACAACACCAAAUCUUCAGAAGUUGGCCAUUCGCAUCUUGAGCCAACCAUGCAGUGCAUCUAGUUGUGAGCGCAAUUGGAGUAUGUUUGAGCACAUACACUCCAAGAGGCGCAAUAGAUUAUCCGUGGAGAAGAUGAAUGAUCUUAUCUUUGUUCACUACAACCUCCGCCUGAGAAUGAGAAAGAAUGCAUUAGCUGACAUCUCUCCUAUCAUUCUAGAUGAGGUUGAUCCUGAGGCAGAGUGGGCCAUUGAGACAGAUCCUGUGGCUGUCUUUAGUGAUGAUGACACUGAUUGGAUCGACCAGGUAGAUAUAGAGGCUGAGGCUGUAGCCAUGGCAGAGGAGGAGCAGAGAGCACGAGCAGAGAGAGGAGAUUCAGAGGCAGAUGGUGAUAGUGACACAGAUGGUGACAGUGGCACAGAUGUUUCCUGA